AACCACGACCCGAGGCAAAAACGUCGAAACCGACGAUUAUGCUUCUAUAUUCCCUCACGCUGGUCAGACCUUGGCCAUCGAACGUGGGCCUAAACAUUGCGCUCCACUGUCCGCUGUCUGUUCUCGGAACCCUGCGGAGGAGCGCCAUCACCUCCGCAAUCCUUUCCGACCGGAUUCCGAAUCUGCGCUUAGUCAUCCACUCCUUCAACUUUUUCUCUCAAAACUGCUCACAAACUCACGCAUUGGCCAGCCGUCCAAGCCAUCCCGCGCUCAAAUUACAAUCACUACGAGUCAAUCGCGCCUUUGGAGCUUCAGGGCGAUACUUCCUUCACCCAAAAACCUCAAAACCCUCUGUCGCGCAAAGAAGCCAUAUCACCACCCAUCAUCCGAACCACAUCGGCCUCGAACCCACCCACAACCAAUCAACGGAUGCCCGAAACACUUCGAAACCCCUCCAAACUCUUAUAUCAUCACUGACGAUGACCACACCCACCCGACCACAAGCCACACAGCCACAAUCGCAGCCGCCGUCCUCCCCACCAUCCUCCCCACCCACAGUCUACGAACCAACCCCCUGGACAUCCCCCCGCUCCCUCCGCCAACUCUCCAUCUUCUGCCUGGGCGCAACAGCCUUCCUCGCCUCUACAGCCCUAACGCGCCGCUCCAUCCACCGCCGCUCUCUCCGCCUCAAACCGCAACACUUCUCGCCCAACACAAACCCGCACGAGCACUUCAGCCCCCUGCAAGAUGCCAUCCAAGCGCUCAACCUCGCUACGCUGAACUGCGUCAGCGUCGGCAUCAUGGGGCUCGGAGGCACGCUUUGGGCGUUUGACGUUAGUGGGCUAAGCGAGGCCCGCGAGGCGCUGAGGAAGAGGUUGGAUUUGGAUACCGUUUAUGGGGGGCAGGCUGGGCCCGAGGGUAUCUUGGAGCUGUUGAAGGCUAGUCAGGAGGGCGUUGUGAAGGGGGAUGGCGGGAACGAAGAAAAGGAGCAGCAGGGGGGGAAGACAUGA